GAAUUAUAAAAUCUUCAAGCAUCAAUUUCACUACCACAAAAUCGUGAUUAUCUUUCUUGUUCUACCAAGCAUAAACCAAGAAGAAUGGAUAAUUCUACAAAAGCCAGUUACAAUGCCGGUCAGGUCAAGGGCCAAGCUCAGGAGAAGUCUAGCCAGGUGAUGGACAAAAUUAGCAACACUGCCCAAUCUGCUAAGGACUCCAUGCAGGAGGCCGGUCAGCAAAUGAAGGCUAAGGCACAAGGAGCUGCUGAUGCCGUCAAGGAUUCAGUGAACAAGUGAAUUGCUAAUGGGAUUGAUUUCAAUUUGAUUUUUCUUUCUUAAUAAGCUCAUUUAAAGAGCUGUUGAUGCAUGUUUUAUUUCUUCGUCUAUUGAGUUCUUAAUUGAUCUUCAAAACUAUUUCAAGAAAAUUAAUGAAGUAUUCUUUCAUUAAUAUUUUCUUGUGCUGGUAUUAUUUAACUUCAUCUUACUCUUUUUUGGAUACAAA